UCGUAUAUAGCUCGGUGUUAGACCUUCGAUGGGCAUUAGUCGUUGUCGUUCCACAGCAGCUGGAAGAGUUUUGUCACAGAAUCAAAUCAAUCAUGAAGUUCCUUGCUAUUUUCGCACUUAUGUUUGCCCUGCUGGGCCUUACCCUUGCUCUGAAGGAUCCCGACUGCGGACUUGAGGCGGGAGUCGAUGGAAAUGGUCUGAUCAAGUGCGCUGUGUUCAAGCCUUCCUGGACCUACCAAGCCGACAGCAAUGAGUGCACGGAGUUCGUCUUUGGCGGUUGCGGUGGCAAUGCCAAUAGGUUUGUUACCCAAGCGGAGUGUGAGGAGAAGUGCAAGGAAUAAAUAUUGCUUUAUGACU